CCAUUAAUGGUGGGGGUGGUGGUGGGUCCCUAUUUUCUACAUCACAAGCAAGAAUAGCACAAAUCCAUACAUGAAUAAUGACCUUGAAAAUGAAAAAAGAAAAAGAAAGAAGUAGACAUUCCCAUCAGUAUUAUCACCCAACGGCAACAAAACCUUGGAUUUUGCUUCUCUCAUCCAUCUCUUUCAAAGGUUUUGCUGCACUUAAAAGACCCCUUGAUUGAGCAAUAAUUCCUCCUACUUCAACUUCUCAACUUCAGCCCUCUCCUUUCUCUGCCGGGUCACUCUGUCUCUAACCAUGGAUGUGGGUCAGAUUCAGAGACAGUGGGUCGACUGCAUGAAAUCCUUGUUCAUCGAGGGCUUUCUUGAUGCUCAGUUCUUACAACUCAAGCAACUACAAGACGACAGCAACCCUGAAUUUGUUGUUGAAGUUGUGUCCCUCUUCUUUGAAGAUUCUGAGAGGCUUCUUACUGAUCUCACCAAUGCUCUAGAUCAGAGAGCAAUUGACUUCAAAAAAGUUGAUGCUCAUGUACACCAGUUGAAGGGUAGCAGCUCAAGCAUAGGUGCUCAAAGGGUCAAAAAUGCCUGCAUUGCUUUCCGCAGCUUUUGCGAGGAACAGAAUGUGGAUGCGUGCCUGAGAUGUCUGCAACAAGUAAAGCAAGAGUACUUCCUUGUCAAAACUAAACUUGAAACUCUGCUUGGGCUUGAGCAACAGAUUGUUGGAGCUGGUGGGUCAAUCCCUGUGAUGGAACUGAGUUUGUAAAGGGUGGAUGGAGUUAUAGAGAAAGCUUGUAACUGUAAGAGUGUUUAGAUGAUCCUCUUUUCUUCUUCUUCAUUGAAGAUUCUCUUGUCUUAGGUCAUUUAAGUCCUUGGUGAUUGAUUGUAUGAGUUUCAACCAAGAGAGGAUUCCAUGCCCUGUAACUUCUUCACGAUUUGUCUGAAAAGCUUAUAUGUGAACUCUUCCAUGAUCUAAGAAAGGCUGCUCUUAUCACUAAC